GUCGGCACACCUGCUGCCAAUGUUCUAAUCAAUUGUCAUGUAUUUAACGACUGUCAAGAUGUCAAGGUUUGUCGGAUUAUUCCUCUCCUUGCACAUGCCUAUAAGUAGUUUUUCUAGACUAGCUCUUUAGUUGCGCCAUAUAUUUUCUCGCCUCAUUUUUGCAUUCGUCAUAGUAAGUACAGUAUUUUUGUUGUCAAGCUUACGCUCGUUUUUGUAUCCUUAGUGUUUUGUGCUCUUUUCAUGACGAGCUAUUUCCGUUCAUGUUAUCUUUGCAUUUUGCAAGCGUUUUUGGUUAGUUUUGUUUUUUCCCUGGUUAUUGGAAUCAGCGUCAUUUGUUGUCCAUCGUGGCGACAUUUGUUCAGUCAGCCAACGCCACUGCGUCGUGGCAUUCAAUAGUUUUGUCGGCUCUUUAGCCCCACUACUACGUUAAAAUGUCACCGUUUCGUUCUUAAAAAAAAAAAGCAACGCAAAGUGCGUCACAAAACAAAUACACAAGCUCCUCUCCCCGCCUCGAAUGCUUCUGCGAAGGUGCGCUGGUGCGGGAAGUCAAGUCGAACCUCAAAAUCAGAUAGACCCGUCUGGGUAUCCGCAUCCGCAUCCUUCGCUUGGAAAAAUGCCCGCUACGGGUUAUAGUCAGAACGCGUCAGUGCAGACCCGACAUGUGGCUAUCCUGGUUGCUAUCCUGGUGGCUAUCCUGGUAGCCAUCUUGGUCCUGUUGCCGCUGUUGAUCUUAAAAAGCAUUGGCAGGCUGACAGCUGAAAACAACACGCCCAAGCUGAAUGACUACAAUGACAAGAGUGAUCCAACCGGGGAGUUGUUGAGAGGUGUCGGUGUGGGCAGCAAAAUCACCAUCAAAGGCCGAGUCAAUCGGAACCCAAAAUGUUUUGCCAUUCAGUUGUUGAUGCGCGACGGCUAUAGUGUCGCGCUGCAUCUGAACGCUCGCUUCAACUGGAAAGGCGAUGUGAACGUGUUUGCGCGGAAUUCCUUCCUGUCUGGUUCCUGGGGUGUGGAGGAGCGUAAGAUCGCCUCCUUCCCCUUUGCACCCGGGCUCGACUUUGAGAUGGUUAUUUGGUGUGGCACUGACGCUUUCCACGUGACCGUCAACAAUGGUGACCAAGUGGACUACACAUACAGAGUCGGCCUAGAAAUGAUCAUGCAUGUGAGAGUGAGAGGGGACGUGACGUUGUUAGACGUCAGUAACAUGUGACAUCAUCAUGUCAAUAUCGUAAGCACUACUUUAUUACUUCAUGUCUGGAUCUGCAUUUAUAUCAUACGAACCCAAUUCCAGUGAAGUUAGGACAUUGUG